AAUUCUAAAAACUUCUCUAUAUUUGUAAGAAUCUUGACGUUCUCAAAGAUCAAGCUGUGACUUUCGUCCAAAGUUCCAACUUGUAAGAUCUCUUCAUUCAUCAGUUCUAAAACUAUAUAUAUAUUUCCUCAAAUGUCUUCUGCAAUGGGAUGGUGGAGGUCCUAUGCUGGCGACGAGAGUUUUUCUAGCUCAACUCUCUCUGUUUUGAUCAGUACAUUUGCGGUGUUAUGGUUGCUAUGGGCCAUCAAGAAACAAAGAAAGGCUGCAGUACCUCCAUUGCCACCAGGUCCUCGUGGCUUGCCAAUAGUCGGGUACCUUCCUUUUGUAGGCACAGAACUUCAUACAAAAUUUGAGCAACUGUAUGGGAUCUAUGGCCCCAUCUACAAGGUUUGGCUUGCAAAUAAAUUGUGUGUUGUGAUUAGCUCACCCUCGCUAGUUAAAGAAGUUGUUCGUGACCAAGAUGUAAUAUUUUCCAACCGUGACACUAACAUAGUUGCACGUAUCGUCACAUACGGGGCAGUCGAUAUUGCUUUUUCCCCACAUGGUGCUGACUGGAAGAUGUUGCGGAAGAUGUUUGUGAGAGAGAUGCUAAGUCCAGCAAAUCUUGAUAGUACCUUGCCUUUACGAAGAGAAGAGGUAAGGAACACCAUUAGAAAUGUGUAUGACAAAAAAGGCACCCCUGUAGAUGUAGGGGAGCUGGCGUUUGUAACGGUGAUGAAUGCCAUCAUGAACAUGCUGUGGGGUGGCACACUACAUGGAGAGGAAGGGGCUAAGUUUGGAGCAGAGUUUAAGCAUAUCUUUGCAGAAUUAGUGAUGAUUCUCGGAAAACCAAAUGUUUCGGACCUUUUCCCAGCUUUAGCAAGGUUUGAUUUACAAGGGAUCGGAAGGAAAGCAAAGAGGAUUUCCCAAACCAUUGAUAGAGUACUUGAUUAUGCCAUUAACAAAGAGAUCAAGAGUUUGGCCAAGGCCAAAGAAAAUGGAACGACAAAGACAGGACAAAAGGACUUUUUGCAAGUUCUCUUGGAACUAAGGGAGCAAGAUGACGGUGCACCAUCAAUGAGCAUGACCCAACUCAAGGCCUUGGUUUUUGACAUAGUGGUGGCUGGAUCCGACACCACAACAACCAUGUCAGAAUGGGUGAUGGCAAGAUUGUUGAAGCAUCCAGAGAUAAUGAGAAAGGUCACUGAAGAAUUAACAGAAAUCGUGGGGUUGGACAACUUAGUUGAAGAAUCUCAUUUGCCCAAAUUACAUUAUUUAGAAGCGGUUAUUAAAGAGGCGUUCCGUUUGCACCCACCUGGUCCUUUCCUAUUACUUCGUACUCCAAGUGAAUCUAGCAUCAUUGGAGGGUACCUUGUACCCAAAGGUUCUAGUAUUUUCCUGAAUGUUUGGUCUAUACAAAGGAAUCCAAAGUAUUGGGACAAUCCAUUGGAAUUUAAACCUGAAAGGUUUUUGAAUAAUGCUUCUGGUACGUUUGAUUAUUCGGGCAACAAUCUUAAGUAUUUACCAUUUGGGUCAGGGAGAAGAAUAUGCGCAGGACUUACACUCGGAGAGAGGACACUCAAAUACAUCUUGGCUUCAUUUUUGCAUUCCUAUGAGUGGAAAUUGCUACAAGGUUCAGAGAUAGAAUUUUCUGACAUGUUCGGUGCUAUUACCAAGAAGAAGAAUCCAACCAUUGCAAUUCCAACUCCAAGGUUAUCUAAGUCUGAGCUCUACACAGAAUAGUACAAUGUGAGAAAUAUACUUUAUUGUAUAAAGCAUUUGUAUGCACAAUAACUAGGAGGUUUUGAUGCUUUUCACUUCCUGUAGUUCUAUAGACAAUGUAAUGAUGGUUUCCAAAUAAUGCCAUUUUGCUUGUCUGCAAAGAGGCUUAUACGUACACUCACCUGUAUCUAGAUUUGCGCAAUUAUUGGCCUAUGAAUAAAACCUUGUCUCGCGUGGUUUUAUAGUAAA